GCGGCCAUGGUGGGCGUGGAGGUACAGGCAGCAAACAAUAUUUAAGAUGCUGACUUGUGGAGCAUUCGGGCUUGGGAAGGAAAGCUAUAGGCUAUCCAUUCAGCUCCCCUGUCAGAGACUCAAGCUUUGAGAAAGGCCAGCAAAGAGCAAGGAAAAGAGAGAAAACAACAAAGUGGCGAGGCCCUCAGAGUGAAAGCGUAAGGUUCAGUCAGCCUCCUGCAGCUUUGCAGACCUCAGCUGGGCAUCUCCAGGCUCCCCUGGAGGAAGAGCCUUCCUCACCCAAACCCACAAAAGAUGCUGAAAAAGCCUCUCUCAGCUGUGACCUGGCUCUGCAUUUUCAUUGUGGCCUUUGUCAGCCACCCAGCAUGGCUGCAGAAGCCCUCUAAGCGCAAGACACCAGCACAGCUCAAAGCGGCCACCUGCUGUGAGGAGGUGAAGGAGCUCAAGGCCCAAGUCGCCAACCUCAGCAGCCUGCUGAGUGAACUGAACAAGAAGCAGGAAAGGGACUGGGUCAGCGUGGUCAUGCAGGUGAUGGAGCUGGAGAGCAACAGCAAGCGCAUGGAGUCGCGGCUCACAGAUGCCGAGAGCAAGUACUCUGAGAUGAACAACCAAAUCGACAUCAUGCAGCUGCAGGCGGCACAGACGGUCACUCAGACCUCCGCAGAUGCCAUCUACGACUGCUCUUCACUCUACCAGAAGAACUACCGCAUCUCUGGAGUGUAUAAGCUUCCUCCUGAUGACUUCCUGGGCAGCCCUGAACUGGAGGUGUUCUGUGACAUGGAGACUUCAGGUGGAGGCUGGACCAUCAUCCAGAGACGAAAAAGUGGCCUUGUCUCCUUCUACCAGGACUGGAAGCAGUACAAGCAGGGCUUUGGCAGCAUCCGUGGGGACUUCUGGCUGGGGAAUGAACACAUCCACCGGCUCUCCAGACAGCCAACCCGGCUGCGUGUAGAGAUGGAGGACUGGGAGGGCAACCUGCGCUACGCUGAGUAUAGCCACUUUGUUCUGGGCAAUGAACUCAACAGCUAUCGCCUCUUCCUGGGGAACUACACUGGCAAUGUGGGGAACGACGCCCUCCAGUACCAUAACAACACAGCCUUCAGCACCAAGGACAAGGACAAUGACAACUGCUUAGACAAGUGUGCACAGCUCCGCAAAGGUGGCUACUGGUACAACUGCUGCACAGACUCCAAUCUCAAUGGAGUGUACUACCGCCUGGGCGAGCACAACAAGCACUUGGAUGGCAUCACCUGGUACGGCUGGCAUGGAUCUACCUACUCCCUGAAACGGGUGGAGAUGAAAAUCCGCCCGGAAGACUUUAAGCCUUAAAAGGAGGCUGCCGUGGAGCACAGAUGCAGACACUGAGACACCUGGAGAUUAGAUGAGGGCAGAUGAGGAGAGGAAGAGAGUAUUAGAAAGGGUAGGGUUGAGAAACAGCCUAUACUCUCCAAAGAAAGAAUAAGUCUCCAAGGAGCACAAUAAAAUCAUAUGUACCAAGGAUGUUACAGUAAACAGGAUGAACCAUUUAAACCCACUGGGUCCUGCCACAUCCUUCUCAAGGGGGUAGACUCAGUGGGGUCUCUCUGCCCAAGAUCCCUGACAUAGCAGUAGCUUGUCUUUUCCAUAUGAUUUGUCUGUGAAAGAAAAUAAUUUUGAGAUCGCUUUAUCUAUUUUCUUUAAGGCUUAGGCUACAUGAGGGCAAAACACAAAUCCCUUUGCUAAAAAGAACCAUAUUAUUUUGAUUCUCAAAGAAGAGGCCUUUGAGUGUUAGAGAAAGGAGUAAAGGAGGCAGGUGGGAGAUGGGUAUUUCUAUUUUUAAAUCCAGUGAAAUUAUCUUGAGUCUACAUAUUAUUUUUAAAACACAAAAAUUGUUCGGCUGUAGGUGAACUGACCCAGGCUGGACUUGCGAGGAGGAAACUCCAGGGCACUGGGUCUGGCAAUCAGACUGAGCACUGCCCGUGCUCGCCUUGGUCAGGUACAGCACUGAAAGGUAUGAAGUACCGGCAGGAGGUGGACACAGUCUCUCAUGAAUGCUGGCACAAAACUGCCUUAAAAUAUUCAUAGUUAAUACAGGUAUACCUAUUUUUAUUUACUUUGUAAGAAACAAGCUCAAGGGGCUUCCUUUUAAUUUUGUCUAUAGGAAAUGGCUGAAAACUGAAGGUAGAUGGUGUUAUAGUUAAUAAUGAAUGCUGUAUAUAAGCAUCUUGCUUUGUAAAAAUAAAAUAUUGUGGUUUUGUUUUAAACAUUUAACGUUUCUUUUCCUUCUACAAUAAACACUUUCAAAA